UUCGUCGCGGUAGAGCCACACUACGGAUUUUGUAGGCUUAUGUUUUGAAAAGAAUGAACGUAUAACGAAGAAAACUGUCCUGACACUGCUCUCUGUCGACUUAAGAAUCAGUCCCAGAUCUUCAUGUUCGACUGACACCUGGCCAGUGGAGGACUGAUUUUUACAUCAAAAUGAUGCUGCUAUGGGUUGUUGAUAAUAAAUGACAUCACUCAAACCUCUACCUUUCAUUUGCUCUUCGGGAGGUGUUGUAAUGGACCUAGGAUCCAAGGCUGUGUAGGAGUGGAUUUGUUUUGGACAUCAUGGGCUGUGGAGGCUCCAGGACAGAUGUGUUGGAGCCGAGAUAUAUGGAGAGCUGGACCAAAGAGACAGAGUCUACUUGGCUGACGAGCACGGACACAGACAUACCCCUGUCCUCCAUCCAGAGCAUCCCCUCUGAAAACUCUUCAGAGGUGGGCUUCCCAUCAGAGAAGACCGCCAACCUCGAUCUCUUUGAUGAUGCUCUGCCUGCUCCAGCUCAGGCAUAUCUGAAAGUGUGUUCUGCCAUGUCUGAGGUGGGUCUGAAUGACGUGAAACCUGGCAGCACCCCUGCAAUCCGCUCUUCUCAAGAACAGGAAGUGCUGUCUUCUUCUGGCCCCACAUUGCAGAGGAGGAGCAUGUUCCGAACUGAGGAAAUAACCAAAUGGCAGGACAACCGGAUGUCCACCAAGCAAGUGACCAUCACUGUGACUCAAAGUAUCGUGCAGGUGGAUAGGAGCGGGAAGAUCAAGGAAACAUCCCAAACCACCUAUGAGCUCAUGAAACCAGUGGAUGGUUUGAUGGACGCAGCAGCUGACUCAGUGCAUCAAUGAGGUUUACACCAAUACCUCAUGAAGACUGUAUCUUGGGUUUUAGGAAAGAUUUGGUGAAGAUGUCAGGGACCAAAGAAGUAAAAAAGAAGCAGGGAUCACCUAAAUGAAGAAGUUCAUUAGUGCUAUGAUAAACAUGUUUCAAGUGUCAGUUAAUUGUUAGUUUCAUUAUUCUUUGUUCUACUUGACUGAUUUAAUAAUGUCCAUUUUUUAUGUACAUCUUUCCUCUGUAAUGUCUUUGUCAAAAUAUUUGUUUUUCUGAUGCCAACAAAAAUAAUAUUAGUAAAAGCAUCUACUGUACAUACAUUAAAGCACAGGAUAGGUGGACCCUUAACGACUGAUUUUGUGAAAAAAGUUUUCCAGAAAAGGGGUGGCUUGAAGUUGAUGUACUGCUUUAAUUUAGAUUUUGGAUUUGAAAAUCAGGGCUCUUACUACCACAUUAUUGUUGCCUUUAGCUUUUUUGGGUAAAAGUGCAGACAUUUGUUCAAAACCUAAGUACAGUUUCUGUAGCAAGCUAGCACUAAUGGUAAAAGUGCUGUGCAAGAAAAUAAAGCAGCUCUGUUUUGUUAUUCCAAUAUUGUUUGAUAUAUCACUGCUUUACUCACAGAAAGAUGAUGUUUAUAAUUGAAUUAUUAAAUAUCUAUUGUGGUAAUUUGGAAGUGCAUAAUAACUAUUACUGAAUCC